AAAACGCAAAAAGACAUUAGCGAAACGCCUCCACAGCCUCAACUAAGAUCUCGAAAUGGUUCUCUUGUAAAUAUCUACAACUCUCGGCCCAAUCUCCCAGAUCCCAUCAUCUUAACCAUCAGGUAUCUCCAUAUUCUUCCGUAUGCAUAAAUACCCUCCUCCUGAGCCUUCAGCUUCUCCCCUUAAACAAAAAAGAACAACUAAAAAAAAAAAAAAUACAAAACGAAGCCCCAUUCUCAAUCUGUAAUGGCGAUCUUCAGCGAUCAAGAAACCCUAAAUCUCUCCCCAAACCACCAGUCUUCUCUCCGACGGCGGAUCCCCCCUGAUUCUCCGGUCGCCGAGGUGCUGACGACGGACUCGGGCGACGAUUCGAGCCCUGGGACGAGCUCCGAUGCCGAUAACAGAGAUCGAGUCGAGAUAAGCGACAAAGGAGAGAAGAAGAAGGAGAAUCCCUCGGUGUUCAACGCCGCCGGCGAUGGAUUGAAGUUCGUUUACCGUGCGUCGACGCCGGCGCAUCGGAGGAUUAAGGAGAGCCCGCUGAGCUCCGAUGCAAUCUUCAAGCAGAGUCAUGCAGGUCUCUUCAACCUCUGUAUAGUAGUGCUUAUUGCGGUAAAUAGCAGGCUCAUCAUUGAGAAUCUAAUGAAGUAUGGCUUGUUAAUAAGAACUGGGUUUUGGUUCAGUUCAACAUCAUUGAGAGAUUGGCCUCUAUUUAUGUGCUGCCUCACUCUGCCUGUUUUUCCGCUUUGUGCAUUUAUUGUUGAGAAGCUGGCCUGGCGCAAAUUAAUCUCUGAAUCUUUUGUCAUCUCACUUCAUGUAAUCAUUACAACAGCUGAAAUCUUGUAUCCAGUUUUUGUGAUUCUCAGGUGUGAUUCUGCGGUCCUAUCUGGCCUCACCUUGAUGCUUUUUGCCAGCAUUGUUUGGUUAAAGCUUGUGUCAUUUGCGCACACAAAUUAUGACUUGAGGACAUUGCCAAACUCCAUUGUUAAGGAUGAUGUUGCAUCUGAUUGUCCAAACCUUGAUUCCUGUCAAGAUGUGAGCUUCAAAAGCUUAGCAUAUUUCAUUAUGGCCCCAACUCUUUGCUACCAGCCCAGCUAUCCUCGUACAACAUGCAUAAGAAAAGGUUGGGUGAUACGUCAACUUGUUAAGGCAAUUAUAUUCACAGGAAUUAUGGGCUUCAUCAUCGAGCAGUAUAUCAAUCCAAUUGUACAGAACUCUCAACACCCGCUGAAAGGCAAUUUAUUAAAUGCUAUUGAGAGAGUCUUGAAGCUAUCAGUGCCUACUUUGUAUGUGUGGCUUUGCAUGUUCUAUUGCUUUUUUCAUCUGUGGUUAAAUAUACUUGCUGAGAUCCUUCGAUUUGGUGAUCGUGAGUUCUACAAGGAUUGGUGGAAUGCUCAAACAAUUGAAGAGUAUUGGCGUUUGUGGAACAUGCCCGUUCAUAAGUGGAUGGUACGACAUAUUUAUUUUCCUUGCUUAAGGAAUGGUAUACCCAAGGGAGUUGCCAUUUUUAUUUCGUUUUUCGUAUCUGCAGUAUUUCAUGAGCUAUGUGUAGCUGUACCCUGCCAUAUAUUCAAAUUUUGGGCUUUCAUAGGGAUAAUGGUCCAGAUUCCUCUGGCCAUCUUGACAAAGUACCUUCAGGAGAAAUUCAGAAACUCUAUGCAAAUUUUACAGGUGGGAAACAUGAUCUUCUGGUUCUUCUUCUCUAUUCUAGGACAGCCGAUUUUCGUACUUUUAUACUAUCAUGAUGUGAUGAAUAGGAAAGUGAAAACAUAGCAAGUUAAGAGUCAUUAUGUACAAGUGAAGGUAUAAGCAAAGACAUUAUAUGAAGGGCCAGUGCAAGUAUUUCGCAGUGAUCCAGUCAUUAUGGACUCGAAAGUUUUCUUUUGAGAGCAUUAUAACGUUUGAUCUGGAGUCGAGUGGUGCUGACCUACAGAGUUUUGCUUCGAACAACUGCAUAAUUGUAGAAACUGAAAGAACUUUGCCGAGGGAAAAUACAACUGAUGAAUAGUUUUCUUUUUUCUAAAUAUCCUUCCAUGGAUCCAGUUUUGUUUGUUGUACAAAACAAGUGUACAUAGAACCCCUGUAAUAUUAUAGUUGAGAGUUCUAAGCUCAUCGACAUGAACUGAGUUAUCAAACUCUAUAGUUUGGAUAUUAUACCAUAUCAUAUAUUGGGUAAAUAUCAAUAAUUUCUGGUGUUAGUUGCAUGCU